GAGUACUUCCGGCGGCGACAGCUCGGCGCUGACCUCCACGCAGCCCAGCGAGGCCAGCGAAGCCGGCGGACCCAGCUAGCCAGGCGCGAUGGACGGUCGGGUGCAGCUGAUGAAGGCGUUCUUGGCUUGGCCCCGGCCCAACCCGCGCCGCUGGAGGAACCCGAUUCCCUUCCCCGAGACGUUCGACGGGGACACCGACCGGCUCCCCGAGUUCAUCGUGCAGACCGGCUCCUUCAUGUUCGUGGACGACAAGACGUUCUCCAGCGACGCGCUGAAGGUGACGUUCCUCAUCACCCGCCUCACGGGCCCGGCUCUGCAGUGGGUGAUGCCCUACAUCGAAAAGGACAGCCCCCUGCUCAGCGACUACCGGGGCUUCCUGGCCGAGAUGAAGCGGGUCUUUGGAUGGGAGGAGGACGAGGACUUCUAGGCCGCGGGGCCCGCGGGCCUGGGCCCGGUGCUCGGGAGGGUGGGCUGCGCCGUGCCUGUCGCCAGGGGCGCCCUGCCUCCCUCCCUCCGCCCCCGGUUCCAGCUCUUCUACACUCACGACCUGUACAGGAGUCUUUUCCUUACUUUCAAUAAAUGUCGGACACUAUUUAAAAACAAAA